GAGAAGCCAAGCACAACCUCCAUCUUGAAGCUAGCAUUACGCUCAGGAAGCCAGUGUAGACGUAGGCAUGGGUAGCCAGGGUGAGGUGCCUAGGGUGCAUGGGCAGAAGAAGGCCAUGGGCACGGCCUCCAUCUUGGCCAUAGGAACGGCCAACCCUAGCAACGUGUUGGAGCAGAGCACGUUUCCAGAUUUCUACUUCCGUGUCACCAACAGUGAUCACAAGCAACACCUCAAGGACAAGUUCAGGCGCAUAUGUGAGAAAUCGACCAUCAAGAAGCGGCACCUCUACAUCAACGAGGCACUGCUGGCUGCUAAUCCUGAGAUGGCCACGUACAUGGCGCCUAGCCUGGACAUGCGGCAGGCCAUCAUCUCCGAGAAGGUCCCAGAGCUCGGCGCCGCUGCGGCCACCGCUGCGCUCAAGGAGUGGGGUGGUCGUAUCGAGGACAUCACCCACCUCAUCGUGGGCUCGACGAGCGGCGGCAGCGACAUGCCCGGCGCCGACUACCACAUCAUGCGGCUCCUCGGCCUCUCCCCCUCCGUCCGGCGCGUCGCACUCUACCACCAGGGCUGCUUCGUGGGCGCGGCGGCGCUGCGCCUGGCCAAGGACCUCGCCGAGAACAACGGCGGGGCACGCGUGCUGGCCGUGUGCGUGGAGACCAACCUCAUGUACUUCCGCGGCGUCGACGACGCCCACAUGGACAACCUGGUCUGCCAGGCCCUCUUCGGGGACGGGGCGUCCGCCAUCGUCGUCGGGGCCGACGCCGACCCGGCCGCGGAGAAGCCGCUGUUCGACGUCGUGCACGCGACGCAGCACCUCAUACCGGAGACCGGCAGCGCCAUUCAGGGGCUCAUCCGGGAGGUGGGCCUGACCUUCGGCCUCAUCAGCGAGGUCCCGUCGCUCAUCGCGAAAAAUAUCGAGGCCGGCCUCCAGGACACGCUCGACGGCGCAGGCGUCGCUGACGGCGCCGACAGGAACUCCAUGUUCUGGGCGGUGCACCCCGGGGGGCGCGCGAUCCUCGACAAGGUGGAGGCGGCGCUGGGACUUGAGCCGGAGAAGAUGCGGGCGUCCCGGAAGGUGCUGGCCGAGUACGGGAAUAUGGGCAGCGCGUGCGCGUGGUUCGUCCUCGACGAGAUACGGCGGUGGUCGGCGGCGGAGGGAUGCGGUACCACCGGAGAGGGGUGCGAGUGGGGCGUCCUGUUUGGCUUCGGCCCGGGGCUCACCAUGGACACCGUCUUGCUACGUAGCCGUGCCGCGCACACCUAGCUAGCAUUCUUCCUCGAAACCGUUCCACCGUAAUUGCGCCGGCGUGCAUGUACUCGUGCUGUAGUCGUUUGUGUGUUUUCUUAUUGCGAGUUGCACGAAUACUAUCUUUCUUUAUCUAUCUCUAUUCUUCCUUAAUAAUAAAGCAUGGACCGCUUCUG